AUUUUCCGAGUUUUUUCUAUUGCCUUCCUCGUUUCAGAGUAUAUUUUCUUCGUCAUCAUUCAGUAAACGGAAAAUCUACAUCAAAAUCGGUGCUCUGCGAGCAAAUUGAACUCGUUGGGGCUUUAAUUUCAACUGAAAAACAUGAUGGGUAACUCUAAACUUGAAUUUUUCCGCAACCCUUUCUCAGUUUUAAUCUUUAUUGGAUAAUGCAAGAGUGUUGAAGUUGAUAACAGAUUAUGCGUUAUAGAAGCACAAAAGUUUCUUCCUUUUUCAUUCUCUUGAAAUGAAUCUAACCUUAAGCAGUGUAUACCGUCCCUAUAGCUUCCCCACACUCCUCAAAUCCUCUUCUUUCAGCACUCUGAGUAGACCCUUUUGUUCUUCAGCACUAUCAUCUCCCCCCACAUGUGUGAAACCCCAAGUUCCCCUCUUUUUAAGACCACCCAUUUACUCAACCAAGUUGUGUGAGCUCAAAAAAUGGCAUGAUUGGGCCAAAGGUGUUGCCUUUUCAAUUGGGUCAACUUUUGUGCACUCAGAUAAUGGGCGAGACUCAAGCAUUUUGUUCAGGGAGAUGAAGUGGCUCAUGGAGGAUGCUGUUGAAGACCAUUCAAUGAUUGUGGAUGAUGAGAGGGUGAAAAUGAGGAUUGGAAUAGAUGAGCUAUACUGCUUGUGGAAGCAAAGGAUCCAUGAGAGGAGACCCUUUCAGUAUGUGGUUGGGUGUGAGCAUUGGAGGGACUUGGUGUUAAGUGUCCAAGAAGGGGUCUUGAUUCCAAGGCCUGAAACUGAACUUAUUGUUGAUUUUGUGUAUGAUGUGGUGUCAGAGAAUGAGGAUUUGAAAAGUGGUGUUUGGGCUGAUUUGGGGACUGGAAGUGGUGCUCUUGCUAUAGGUAUUGGUAGGGUUUUGCGGAGUGAAGGAGGGAGGGUUGUUGCUACAGAUUUAAGCCCUGUGGCUGUUGCUGUUGCAGCUUACAAUGUGCAGAGAUAUUGCUUGCAGGACAAAAUUGAAUUAAGGGAAGGAUCUUGGUUUGAACCAUUAAAAGAUAUGGAAGGAAAGCUAGUGGGUCUUGUAAGUAACCCACCUUAUAUACCAAGUAAAGACAUCUCUGGUCUACAAGCUGAAGUUGGUAGGCAUGAACCUAGAGUUGCAUUAGAUGGAGGUACUGAUGGCAUGGAUGCUCUUCUUCAUCUUUGUGAUGGGGCUGGUUUAAUGUUGAAACCUGGUGGAUUUUUUGCUUUUGAGCAGGACAGGUGGAUGUGGCUUGGAGUCUCUAGUGGUGAAUGCACGGUCACUAGUGCUUAUUACUCUAUGUGGGAGGAUUUGAAUGAUCAGAAUGGUUAUGGUGCGUUCAGUAAACUGUGGAAAACCAAUAUUCCUAGCAAGGUUGCACAUUUCUUAUGGAGGCUAAUUAGAUACAGAUUACCUACCAGGUGCAAUCUCCGGAGAAGGAACAUCACCUUAGAUGACUGCCGAUGUCUUCUUUGUGCAGAAUGGGAAGAGGAUGCAUCACACUUAUUUUUUUGGGUGUCAAAAGGUGGUGCCUUUGUGGUGGGAGUGUCUUUCCUGGCUGGAGGUGUCCACUGCACUACCAGCGACACCGAAAGGAAAUUUUCUCCAAAUUUCGUAUGGCAACAUGGAUGGAAUUUUUCAGGAAAGAUGGAACACUAUAUGGACUGCUUUAACUUGGUGUAUAUGGAAUCAUAGGAAUAGAGUUUGCUUCUCUAACCAUGAUUUUGAGUGUCAGCAACUACUGGAGGAGGCAAUAUUUUUUGCUUGGUUGUGGCUUAGAAAUUUAGAAAAAGACUUUGAAUUACCAUACCACAUUUGGACCAGCAAUACUAGAGCUGGUCUCACUAUGGGGGGGGGGGGGAUAAUGAUUUUUGUUGUUGUUGUUGGCUUAUCCACUUGCAUGAUUGCAAUCAGCUUUGGUAAUGUCAAUAUAUAUCACGAUGACUGAUAUAUAUUUAAUUACCUUAGCAGGUUUGUGGUCAGUAAGUUUGGGAUGUUUAUCUGUAAGUACCUUUGGUACUCUUUGAUAUUAUAUAAUAUAUACAUAGUUUUGCUGAUAAAAAAAAAUGUA